UUCUACCCGGGUAUUAGAUUAUUUUGUGUCCAGGAUGAAUGUCUGAGAUACUAAAACAAGAUGAGGUUGAUUAGUUUUGUGAGUUUACUCCUGCUAACUGCAGUCUCUACGGAGGAAGAACCUGGACCAAAGAAGGAAGGAAUAAAGCUGGGGAAGGUCAAACCUCCAGUUGCGAAGACUCCCAAGACUGUCAUUGAAGAUGUUGAUGAGGAAGGUCUGCAACAGGCUCUGGAUGAGCAUGAGCAUGUUGCAGUGCUAUUCUACAGCUCCCUGGAUAGGUUGACUAAGAAGUAUAUAUUGGAAAUGGAACAGAUGGACUCAGAGUCUCUCGAUAUUGAAAUUGUCAGGAUGAACGAUAACAAGGUUGCAGAAGAUUUCGGAGUAGAUACUGACAGUUUGCCGAAACUAAUAUUUCUGCAAGAUGGAAUUCCUGAAGAAUACGAUGGUGAUAUGAAGAACUCUGGCGAUGUUCUUGAAUGGUUGACCGAAGAAGUUAAUGCUGAUGAGAUCGAAGUUAUUGGUUUACAGAUGCUCAAGAAGAUUACAGACACUGGAAACUCUAUAAUCGUAAUCUUCAGCGCUGCAGAAAAUCAUGGAGUUGAUGGGAUACAUGAUAUCCAUGCACUUUGUAAGAACCUUGAUGUUCCUGUAGUGCAGAUUAUCGGAGGGGAUGGACCCAGAAGUUUGGGGUUGGACAAUCUUCCAGGACUUGUAUAUUAUGAGAACAGGGUCCCGGCUAUAUUUGAAUCUGAUCUUGAUGAAACUGAUCUAGUUCUUGAUUGGAUUAUGGAGCAGAGGACUGCUGACACCAUUGAGGAGGUGACUGAAGAGAUAUUGCAAACUAUUGUAGAUAAUACGGAAUAUGUAGCAGUGGUGUUUACAGGACCAUGUGAUGAAGCUGCAAGGAAUACUGAGUGUGAAGAGAUCCUGGAAGAGCUGGAAACUAUUGAUGAUGAAGUUGAUGAAUUUGGGAUUGUCUUUGUCACCACAGAGGACAUCAAAUACGCAGGAUCAGAGCUUAAAAUCAGAUCAUUUCCUGCACUUGGACUCUUCAGAAAUGGCCUUUUUCUCUUGUAUGAAGGCAGCCUUCAUGAUGCUAAUGCAGCAUUUUCUUGGAUGCUAGACGAAGAUACUCUAGAAAUACCUGGAGUUAUAGAAGAGGUUGGGGAGAAGAUGCUCUCUAGAAUUCUCUCAGAUGAGAAAGAUGUCCUCUGUUUUUUCUAUGAAGAUGAAGACACAAAAUCUCUGUCUGGAAUAAUGAAGGUUCUUGAAACUAUUGAUGAUGAACUGGAUGCUAAAGAUAUAGAGUUUGUAAAAUGCUCUGAUGAAGAUAUUGAAAAAGAGUAUGCAUUAGACAAACUUCCAACCUUAGUGUACUUUGAAAACAAGAUUCCGAUUGAAUAUGAUGGAAAUCUCAACGAUGGCGAGGACAUACUUUCCUGGAUUCUUGAAGAGCUUGAGAAUCAAUCCAUCAGAACUGUUGAUGAAGAUACUUUGGAAAAACUCAUUGAUACAUCUGACGAUAUUGUUGCAAUUUUCUAUGAUGGAAAGAAAAAGAAACAGAAAAAGUUCAUUGACCAAAUAGACACAGUUGAUGAUGAUGCUGAAAAGUUGGAGAUUUUUAUGGUUAAGCUUGACGACCCAGCCAUAGCCAAGCACUACGGCUUGUAUGCUCUACCAGCUGUGAUUCACUUUGAAGAUGGAAUCCCUAGUAUAUAUGAGGGUGCUCAGUCUCCGAGAGCAAUUCUGAACUGGCUGGAGGAACAGAAGACUUCAAGCAGUAUUGAGGAGGUAAACGCAGUUCUACUUGACCGGUUGAUCAAGGAGGAAGAGUAUGUUGCAGUCAUCUUCUUGUCAGAAUGUGUUGAGGAGCAGAAGGAGGCCUGCGAUGAGCUGAUAGAGAAUCUGGAAGAGAUUGAUAAUGAGCUGGAUAAGAUUGACAUUCUUCUAGUUAAAAUUGACGAGCCACAAUAUGCCAAGGUUCAUAAAAUAAAAACAUUCCCAACAAUUGGACUCUUCAGAAAUGGAGAUCUUGUAACCUAUGAUGGUAAAGUUGAUAAUUCAAUGGCAGUUUUAAGAUGGUUGACUGAUUUGGAUAAUCUGAAAAUUGAGGGUAAGAUUGAGGAGGUUGGAAUACCUCUUUUAGAAAUGAUGAUUGAAAAAGAAAAGGAUGUCUUUGCUUUCCUCUAUGAGGAAGGUGACAGAAGAGCAAGUAAAAUUAUUAAUGAACUUGAAGGAAUUGAUGAUAAUCUUGAAAAUGAUAAAGUCAUCCUGGUCAAAUGCUCUGAUGAAGGGGUUGAUGAUAACUUUGGCAUUGGAUACCUCCCACGAUUGGUCUAUUUUGAAAAUGGUAUUCCUGAGAUGUUCCCUGGCGCUGAAGUCAAUGAGGCAGAAGUACUGAACUGGAUAUCUAUGGAGAUCAACACCAACAAGAUCAAACUUGUCAGUAGAGCUGUUUCUGAGAUGUUGAUCAAAAAAAGAGAACAUGUGGGACUUUUCUUUAUUAAUGAUGAAGAUGUUGAUGGUCAUGAUAUUAUCAAAGAGCUUGAGAAAGACAUGUAUACUAUCGAAGAGGAAGAACUAACAAUUAUUCUAAUUGAUGAUCCUGAAUAUGCUGAAGAAUUGGGAUUAAACCUACCUUCUCUUAUUCACUUUACAAAUGAAAUUCCCAAUGUAUACAGAGGAAACCUGGAUAGCAAACCUGAAGUUAUGAAGUGGUUAAUAGACAAGAAGGAAGAAUCUGUUAUUGAAGUAGUAACCAGGCAAAUCCUGGAGGAGCUAAUUGAAGAGGAGGAGUACCUUAUUGUUCUUUAUACUGGCUCAUGUGAAGGAGAAGAGGGAAAGUGUGAGGAAAUCCUUGAUUAUCUGGAAAAUGUUGAUGAUGAUAUGGACCAACGUGGAAUUGCAUUCGUUCAGACUGAAGACCAAGACUUUCCACUGCUAAAGCAUCAGCUAUCAGAACUUCCAGCAAUAGUGCUCUUUAGGAAUGGUGAUCCUUUGAUAUUUUCUGGAAAUAUUGAAGAUGAUGAUGAGGUCAUUGCUUGGCUUAAUGAUGGAGGAAACCUAAAAAUAACUGGUGUUAUGGAAGAGGUGAAUGAGCUUCUUCUGGCGUAUCUCUAUGAAAACGAGGAAGAUCUCAUUGUUUUCUUUUAUGAAGAAGGAGACAGAGAUGCUGAUGAAAUCAUUGAGGGAUUUGAAAAGAUAGAUGAUGACCUGGAAAAGAAAGGAUUUGCCAUGGUUAAGACAUCAGAUGAAGGGAUAGAACUAAACUAUGGAAUUAUUGGUCUCCCCAAAAUUGUUUAUUUCCAGAAUGGAAUACCAAUCAUUUGUGAGAUCGAUCUAGAGGAUGAAACCCAAAUCUUGACAUGGGUGGCAAAACAAGCAUCAACCAAUAGUAUUCAUCAGGUCUCAGAUGUGGUUUUGGAUGGUUUAAUAAACAAGUUUGAUCACAUCUCUGUUCUCUUCUUCUCCCAGAAGAACAUGUCGGUUGUCAACACCUUGAAGUCCAUUGCAGAUGACUGUGCUGAAAGUGAUAUUGCAAUAGUGCGGAUUGAUGAUAAGGAGGAGGCUGGAAAAUAUGGACUGAAAACUAUCCCUUCACUCAUGUUUUUCAAUUUCAAGGUUCCCUCCAUAUACACUGGAGAUCUAUCAGACAGUGGAGAUGUGUUUGACUGGAUCUCUAAGAAUCAAGCUUCCUCCGUAGUAGAAGAGGUCACUGAUGAGAUCCUUCAGGAACUGAUUGAGGAUCAUGAAUAUGUUGCUGUAUUCUUCCGGGGAUCAUGUGAUGAUGAGAAUGAUGACUGUGACGGUGUUUUAGCUAACUUAGAGACUGUUGACGAUGAACUUGAUGAGAUUGGAAUUUUACUUGUUACAACUGAAGAUAAGGAAGUUUCAAGAGAAAAUGGACUCAUUGAGCUCCCUGCUCUAGGCAUUUUUAGAAAUGGUAUGUUCCUUCAAUACGAAGGUGAUGUCCAAGCUGCAACUGAAAAACAGCUCAAGGAUUGGUUGACUUGUGAGAAUACACUCAAGAUUAUUGGAAUUAUUGAUGAGGUGAACCUGAAAAUGCUGAACAAUAUCCUUGAAGAGGAAGACGACUGUUUUGUAUUUUUCUAUGCGGAAAACGAUCCUGAUGCGCACUCUGUCCUGGCAGAGCUCGAAGAUAUUGAUGAGAAGCUGGAUAAACGAGAUCUCCACCUUGUGAAGAUCUCAGACAAAGGAGCAGGGGAGGAGUUCGGUCUCCUCGAUAUUCCUUGCCUGGUAUAUUUCGAGAACGGAGUACCGGAGCUAUUCGAAGGAGAUUUGAGAAAUGAUAAUCAGGUCAUGAAAUGGAUUCUUGAUGAACUAAAACAGGAGGAGAUAAAACACGUGACUGUUGCUAUGCUGGAUAAACUGAUAGAAAGAAAUCACAAUCUUGCCGCAGUUUUCCUGGAUGAAACUACAGAUCAAGUGGGUUUAGUAGAUCGAGGCCUGGAUGUUAUUAAGGUUUCCAUGUUAACCAACGUUAACCCAAGAAUAUAUUCAAACGAAUUGUUGCUGGAGGAGCUGGAGAGGAUCGAUGGCGAGUGCAGCAAAUACGACAUCGACUUUGUCUCCGUGGAGGAUAACGAGAAGGCUGAGGAGUACGGGAUCAACGUCCUCCCAGCCCUCAUGUACUUCGAGAACAAGAUCCCCUCGAUGUAUGACGGGGACUUGAUGCAGGAAGAACUGGUUCUUGAAUGGUUGAUUGAACAGAAGACGACAGAUACUAUUGAGCAAGUUACAGACAAGAUACUAGAAAGGCUGAUCGACGAAGAAGAAUACAUUUCUGUAAUUUUCACUGGUAAAUGUGAACCUGGAGACGUUUGCUACGAGAUGCUGGAGAACCUGGAGAACAUUGACACUAACCUGCAGGAAUACGGCAUCAUGCUCGUCUCCACAGAGGACAAAAACCUAGCCAGGGAGUACGAUAUUAAGUUCUUCCCGUCCCUUGGGCUGUUUAGGAACGGAGAUUUUGUCAAGUUCCGUGGGGAUAUCCUGGAUGAGUUUGAAGUACUUGAAUGGAUGACAGCACGGGAAACCCUCGAGAUUCCUGGAAAGAUUGAAUCUGUUAAUGAGGAAAUGCUCUCAGCGCUCCUGGAAGAGGAAACGGAUCUGAUAGUAUUCAUGUACAGAGACGGACACAGGCUGGACGAGGCCAUCCUCUACACCAUGGACGACCUGGACAAGUGGCUAAACGAAAAGGAUAUUAAGAUGGUUUCUAUCUCCUCAAAGGGAAUUGAGAAAGAUUACGGAUUGUACGGAAUGCCCCUGCUGGUCCACUUCAAGAGUAAUAUACCCAAGGUGUUCAAGGGAGAUCUCGGAGAUGAAAAAGAGUUUAUGACCUUUGUCGAGGAGAGCAUUGACAUGGUCGAGAUUGAAGACGUAAACGGGGACGUGUUGGACAGUCUUGUAUCCAGGUUAUCCAACCUAGCCGCAGUAUUCUAUGAUGCUGAGGAUACAGAGGAUAUGGAUGUGAUCGCUAUUCUGGAGACUAUUGAUGAUGAUUGUGAUAACUACGGAAUUCCUCUGGUUAAACUUGAUGAUGUUGUCAAGGCUAAAGAUGAGUUCGGAUUGGAUUCUCUACCUGCCCUGCUCUACUGGAAGGACGAGGUUCCGAGUAUGUUUGUCGGAGAUAUCGGAAACGCGGAGGAAGUUCUGGGUUGGUUGGAGGAUAGAAAAUCUGGAGACAACAUAGAACUUGUUACAGAAGAGAUACUUGAGGAUAUGGUGGAUAAAUUUGAAUAUGUUGUGGCGUACUUUCAACCCUACUGCAAGGACGGAGAUGAGACCUGUGAAACCAACAGAGACACUAUCCUGGAGCAGCUUGAGAAUAUUGAUGAUAAUAUUGAUGAUCUGGGGAUAUUCAUGGUGACCACCAAGGAUGUCAAGUAUGCCCGGAGACUAGGGAUUACGAAGCUCCCGAGCAUAGGAUUGUUCCGGAACGGAGAUUUCCAGGUUUUCACAGGAGAUGUAUCAAGCGAAGUAUCAAUCUUAAACUGGCUCUCCGACAUAGAGACUCUAGAGAUACCUGGAGUCAUAGAAGAGGUCAACGGAGACAUGCUCAACAACAUCAUCAACCUCGAGGACGAUGUCCUUGUCUUCUUCUACGACGCAGAGGACAAAGACUCUGAGGAUAUUCUCCAGGAGCUGGAGACCAUUGAUGAUAAUCUGGAGGAGGAGGAGGUGGAGUUUGUUAAGUGCUCUGAACCUAAUGUUCAGCGAUAUUAUGGGUUAACUCAGGUUCCUGCUCUAGUGUUCUUCGAGAACGGAGUACCCGAGGUGUAUCCCGGAGAUUUAAAGAACGAUGAUGAAACCUUGGCCUGGAUCAGUGCUGAGCUUAGUAACCAGGAUAUUGAAGAGGUAGGUCCGUCAGUGCUUGAGUACUUGAAGGAGAGCUCCGACUUCCUGGCUGUCCUGUACUACACCAAGGGUGGGAAGAGGGACAGCAGUAUUCUCGCCAAGAUGGAGAAUAUCGAUGACGAUUGUAAGCUACACGAUAUAAAUUUUGUAAAGGUUGGAGAUGAGAAGGAGACUGCCAAGCUAGGAAUGGAGGACAGUCCUGUCCUCGUCUAUUACGAGGACGGAAUUCCAAACCUGUACCCGGACAGUCUCGCUGACGAGGCCGGUGUCCUGGCCUGGCUCAUCAAGCAGAGGAACAUCCCUCCCCCUCCCAAUCUCCCAUAUUAUUUUUUAUUAAUAAAAUCAUAUUUUUCUAGUGGACUCUGUGCAGAUGACGAUGAGGACGAGUGCGAUUUAAUCCGGGAAAAAUUGGAGAAGAUUGAUCAUAUCCUGGACGAUCAUGGGAUCGUGUUUGUAGCAACCCUGGAGCUGGAGGUAGCCAGGGAGAACAAGAUUAAAAGGUUUCCUGCCUUGGGACUCUUCAAGAACGGAGAAUUUGUCAAGUUUGACGGAGAUCUAACCCAGGAGAUUAGUGUGCUCCGUUGGUUGACCUCCUACGAGACUUUGGACAUACCGGAGAGGAUCGAGGAGGUCAACGAGGUCAUGUUGGCGAAGAGGGUCAAGGUCGCCGACAGCAUGUUUGUUUUCUUCUACGAGGACGAGGAUAUAUUUGCUCAGAGGUUGCUCAAGGGACUGGAGGAGCUUGAUGAUGGGUUGGAUAAGAAGGGUGUUGUGUUUCUCAAGAUCUCAGAUGUUGGGAUAGACAAGGAUUACUCCUUGGAGACUCUUCCAGCAUUGGUUCACUUUAGCUCCGGGUUCCCUUCAGUAUUCCAGGGAGAUAUCAGGAAUGAGAAAUCUGUGAAAAAGUGGUUAGAUCGUCAGUGUACUGCAGCUGAGAAAUCGAUGUAAACACCCAAUUUAAAACUGCUAUUCAAUCAGUGAUAUUCAAUCAGUGAUAUUCAACCUAUAUUGAGUCUACCCUCUUUACUUGAAAAUUAUCCUUGUGUGAUAUAAAUAUUUUUGUACUCAAAUAAACAAGUAUUUAUAAUUA